GAGCGCGCCCACCCCGCCAAAGUGCUAACGUUGGACAUCUACUUGAGCAAGACCGAGGCCGCGCAGGGGGACGAGCCAGACGUCGUUGCGCCCGAGGCGGAGGACAGUGGCGACGGGGACGACAUGGAGAAGAGGUCGAGCGGCCGCCGGUCCGGCAGGCGGAGGAAGUCGCAGAAAUCCGCCGACUCGCCGGGCGCCGACGCCGCGCUGUUGGAGAGCGCCGGCCGGGAUGACGCGGUGUUCGACGACGAGUUGGCGCCAAACGCGGCGGAAAGGAAAGUGAAAUCUCCGCGGGCUGCCCCCGACGGGGGCGUUGCCUCCGCCGCGAGCCCAGAGUCCAAAGCCAGCCCCGGGCCCAAAGGGCAGCUCCGGGGAGAACCGGAGCGCAGCAAGCAGGCGCUCCCGGCCUCCUCGCCCACCAAGAGGAGGGGCAGGGGCCGCGCCCCCGAGGCCGUGCCCACCCCGCCAGGCGGUGCUCUGCGCUCUCCCGCCAAGGAGUCUCUACCCAGGAGGGCGCCCACGCCCGCGCCGGACCCCGGCCAGGCCGCCAAGGGCGCGGCGGCCGAGAGCGGCGAGGAGGCGGCGCGGGUCGUGCCCCGCGAGCUCACGGUCAAGAGCAGCUCGCUGCUGCCGGAGAUCAAGCCCGAGCACAAGAGGGGCCCGCUGCCCAACCACUUCGACGGCCGGGGAGAGGGAGGCCGCAGCAGAGAGCCGGGCAGGCCGGCCCCUGCUGCGGACGCCGACGGCUUGAAGCCCCGGGGCCACCUGGGUGCGGGCAGGUCGACGGUGACCACCAAAGUGACCCUCCCCGCCAAGCCCAAACACGUGGAACUAAAUCUUAAAACCCCUAAGAACCUGGACAGUUUGGGAAAUGAGCAUAAUCCAUUUAGCCAGCCGGUUAACAAGGGAAACACUGCCACAAAAAUCUCCUUAUUUGAAAACAAACGGGCCGCCAGCAGCCCGAGACACGCCGACCUCCGAGGCCCGCGGAACAGCCCCUCCUCUAAUAAAACGUUUGUCGGCAGGGCAAAGCUGAAUUUAGCCAAGAAAGCCAAGGAGAUGGAUGUGCCCGAAAAGAAAGGAGCGCCAAGCAGUCACCAGAACGGAGUGGCUGAGAAAGAGGCCCCUGCCGAAUCCCAGGGCUCCGUGCCUGGAGGGGAGGUUGUGCCAGCGGCCAGCCACAGCGAUGAAGCAGGUGUGCACCCAGAUGGUGGCCGCCCCUUGGAACCAGUGGCUGCUUCUCCCAUCCCUGCCAAGGACCAGGGACUCCUAGGUGAGGACGGCUCAGAGGCCGCUGACAGCGAGAGACUUGCUACGCCCGAGGCAGCGCGAGGCGUCCCCGCCACUCUGGCUACCCAAGGUUUGCCUCCAGCACCCACACCAAAGCCGCGGGAUGAGGGUUCUGACUCACAGCCUCCCACCGAGGAAGCUCAGGGGCCCCCUCCUCCCAGGCCUGCACCCGUUCCUGGGGACAGCCCCAGAGACACCUGUUCUCAAGUCCCCCUGAGUGACUUGCGGUGCCCUGAGCUCAAAGCGUCAGAGAGCCAGAACGGAGGUGCAGAGUGGAGGUACAGUGAGAAAGCGCCAGAGUCUGGACUUGGAGGGGGAGAAGCAAACCCUCCUUUGUCCCCAAAGCCGGAGGGAAAUGAGUGUCCAUCAAGAGUCCUUGUCCAGGUCAGGUCCUUCGUGCUGCCCCUGGACAGCCCCGGGGAUGUCAGCUCCCACCUCAUCUCAGGAAGCUCUGAAGUUCGGGAAGUGCAGUUGCCAAGCUGUCACAACAAUGAACUUGAAGUGGUUUCGGUUGCAAGCUGUGCCCCCACCCAGCAAGAGGAAGUGCUGGGUGGUAGGAGCCUGUCACCUACGCACCCUCACUCCGAGGGAGGACAUGUGGCGGAGUCGAGCCCGCAAGCCUCGCCGCGGCACACAGAGACGGCGCUGCCCACACAGGCUCAAAGUCAGGGCGAGAGAACCCCGGCCCAGGCAGGGCCUGAUGGCAGUGCCGUGAACGGCCAGGACACCCCGGCCAGUCUUCUGGAUGUUUCUGCUGGGAGCGAUGACAGUGUGUUUGACUCUUCUUCUGAUAUGGAAAAAUUCACCGAGAUCAUCAAGAAGAUGGACAGCACAGUGUGCCUGCCCCAGAAGAAGAAGAAGGCCAGGAUGCCGCACUCCCCGGCCCCUCACUUCGCCAUGCCGCCCAUUCACGAAGACAACUUAGAAAAGGUGUUUGAUCCCAAUGUGUUCACCUUCGGUCUGGGGCGGAAGAAGGAAAGCCAGGCAGAAAUGUCACCGGCUCUGCACCUGAUGCAGAACCUGGAUGCGAAAUCCAAGCUGAGACCCAAGCGCGCGUCCACCGAGCAGAGCAUCCUUUUCAAGUCCUUGCAUGCCACCACUAACGGGAAGAGCGAGCCUGCGGCCAUGCCAGAAGGCAAUGACAGAGAGACCAGGGAUUUCCCCAACGGGGGUGGGGUUAAGAGAUCGAGGCUGGAGAAAAGUGCCCUUUUCUCCAGCAUCCUGUCGUCUCUGCCGCAAGACAAAGUCUUUUCCCCCUCUGUGACGUCAGUCAACACGAUGACCACGACGUUCGGCAAUUCUCCGAACAGUCCCGCGGCGCAGUCUGCAGCACCCCAGCCCGCUGCAGAAGGGGCCCCGCCCUGUGGCUCACUCCCCGAGCCGCCCAGCCUGCCACCCAGCAACUCGGAGAAGGUCUUCAGUUUCAACUCGCAUCUGCCUCCCCCUGGCUUGAAGAGUGACAGCCCCAUGGAGAAGCACCUGCAGAAAGAAGAAACCAAGGAGGAGCUGCAGCCCCGAAGCAUCCCGCACCUGCCAGAAACCAGGCUUUCGGAGCUUUCAAAGCCAAAGAGCGACGCUGAUGACACGGAGCGGGCAAAUCAUGUGGAAAGCGUCCUUAAAUUGAGCGUGCCGACCUAUGGAAGCAGCGACCCCGACUUCAUGGAGCUUUUCAAAUCUAGCCGGUACGACCCUAGCGUGGCCUUCUCGGGAAUGUCACUAUCGGACACAACGACUCUCAGAGGAGGAGUCCAAAAUAAACUCAACCCCCGACCUGGAAAGGUGGUGAUCUACAGUGAACCCGACGUUUCCGAGAAGUGCAUGGAAGUGUUCAGCGACGUCCAGGACUGCAGCUCCUGGAGCCUGUCCCCACUGGUACUCAUCAAAGUGGUUCGAGGCUGCUGGAUAUUGUAUGAGAAGCCAAAUUUUGAAGGGCACUCCAUUCCGUUAGAAGAAGGGGAAUUGGAACUCUCUGGUCUCUGGGGUAUAGAAGAUCUUCUGGGAAGAAGCGAGGAAGAGGAGUCUGAGAAGCCCGUGGUAAUUGGCUCCAUCAGGCAUGUGGUCCAGGAUUACAGAAUUAGUCAGAUUGAUUUAUUUACUGAACCAGAGGGGCUAGGACUCCAGAAUUCCUACUUUGACGACACUGAAGAAAUGCAAGGAUUUGGUGUCAUGCAGAAGACGUGUUCCAUUAAAGUACACUGGGGCACAUGGCUGAUUUACGAAGAACCUGGAUUUCAAGGGGUCCCUUUCAUCCUGGAGCCCGGAGAAUACCCUGACUUGUCCUUCUGGGACACGGAGGAAGCCUACAUCGGAUCCAUGCGGCCGCUGAAAAUGGGUGGCCGUAAAGUUGAAUUCCCUACAGAUCCCAAGGUUGUUAUUUAUGAAAAGCCUUUCUUUGAGGGGAAAUGUGUGGAGCUGGAGACAGAUAUGUGUAGUCUUAGCGUGGAAGGAGGUGAGACGGGAGAACCGGCAGGAGACGCUUGUCUGCCAUUGGCAUCGGUGGGCUCCAUGAAAGUCCUGAGAGGCAUCUGGGUGGCUUAUGAGAAGCCUGGCUUCACAGGCCAUCAGUACUUGCUGGAAGAGGGAGAAUACAAGGACUGGCAAGACUGGGGCGGUUACAGUGGAGAACUCCAGUCUCUACGGCCCAUUUUAGGUGACUUUUCAAAUGCUCAUAUGAUAAUGUACAGUGAGAAAAACUUUGGAUCCAAAGGUUCCAGUAUUGAUGUGUUGGGAAUUGUCGCUAAUUUAAAGGAGACUGGAUAUGGAGUGAAGACACAGUCUAUUAAUGUACUGAGUGGAGUAUGGGUAGCCUAUGAAAAUCCUGAUUUCACAGGAGAGCAGUAUAUACUGGAUAAAGGCUUAUACACUACUUUUGAGGACUGGGGAGGCAAAAAUUGUAAGAUCUCUUCCGUUCAACCUAUAAGUUUGGAUUCUUUCAAUGGGCCAAGGAGACGAAAUCAGAUCCACUUGUUUUCGGAGCCACAGUUUCAAGGUCACUGUCAAAUUUUUGAAGAAACAACAAGUCAAAUUGACGACUCAUUUUCUACCAAGUCUUGCAGAGUUUUAGGAGGCAGCUGGGUUGCCUAUGAUGGAGAGAAUUUCUCGGGCAAUCAGUAUGUGCUGGAAGAAGGUCACUAUCCUUGUCUCUCCGCCAUGGGAUGCCCGCCCGGAGCAACUCUCAAGUCCCUCCGUUUCAUAGAUGUUGAAUUUUCUGAACCAACGGUUAUUCUCUUUGAAAGAGAAAACUUCAAAGGAAAAAAGAUCGAACUUAAUGCAGAAACGGUUAAUCUCCGAUCCCUGGGAUUCAACACGCAGAUUCGCUCUGUUCAGGUCGUUGGUGGCAUAUGGGUGACUUACGAGUUCGGCAACUACCGAGGCCGGCAGUUCCUGCUGUCCCCCGCUGAAGUGCCUAACUGGUACGAGUUCAGUGGCUGUCGCCAAAUCGGCUCCCUACGACCUUUCGUUCAGAAGCGAAUUUAUUUCAGACUUCGAAACAAGGCCACAGGGUUAUUCCUGUCGACCAAUGGGAACUUGGAGGAUCUGAAGCUCCUGAGGGUCCAGGUCAUGGAGGACGUCGGUGCUGACGAUCAGAUCUGGGUGUACCAAGAAGGCUGUAUCAAGUGCAGGAUAGCGGAAGACUGCUGCCUGACCAUUGUGGGCAGCCUGGUGACAUCUGGCUCCAAGCUAGGCCUGGCCCUCGACCAGAACGCCGAGAGUCAGUUCUGGUGCAUGAAAUCCGACGGCAGGAUCUACAGCAAGUUAAAGCCAAAUUUGGUUUUGGAUAUCAAAGGGGGUGCACAGUAUGAUCAGAAUCACAUCAUCCUCAACACCGUGAGCAAAGAGAAGUUAACACAGGUGUGGGAGGCCAUGGUCCUCUGACCUUGGGCAAGGAACGCAGGAGGAAUCUUCCUGGAGGCCUGUCCGGUCACCUCAUUUAAGACUCGCAAAAGCACGAGGCCCACGAAGAGCCGAGUGGAAAGCGAGGCCCCGGCUCCUUCAACAGCCACGAGUGAGGCGGCGCAGCGGGGAGGGCGUCCGGCUCGCCGUCUCCAAGGCCACCACAGCGUGAAGCCAGUCAUCUGCCUCUCCUCGCAGCUCCUGGGGGCUUUGUACACACGUCGCACCAAGAUUUCAAGACCACGUACCUGUCUGAGUGACUUCCAGACUCCCCCGAGGGAAGGGCAGAAGCUUCUGCUCGUCCGGCACAGGAAUGUUUAGUAUCUGACAGGAAGUGCCUUAGUGGGCCUGUAAGUUUGGUCAGUGGCCUUACUGUUUACCGGGACUAUUAAUUAUCUUGUAUAGCAAAGUAAGGAAGCCUUAGAUACUCAUUUUAAGGAACUCAAUAAAAUACAACAAAAUACUAUUUUCUUUCAGGUAAUAAAAACCUAUACAUUUACAAACGUUGAUGUCCCCCUGUCUGCCAAGACGGAUUAGAGCUCCCUCACACGUGGUGCUCAGUGCCAGCAGCACUACCACGGCCGGGCUCAUGUGCCGUGGCCAGGUUCUGCCAGCCGUCGCUCACAGACCUUCCGGCCUGGUCUCCCGCCUGCCCAGCCUCGGGGCGGGGAGUUCUGCAGCCCCUGGAUGUGCGCGGCUCAAGAGGAUGCCCAGAGUCCUCUCCAGGCAGUGCCGGAGAGGAGACCCUGCCGCUGCGGAGGUGUGCUGCUCCGGCCUCGGGGCUCUGAGAACCCUGGAACGCAGUCCGCGUUUCCAGGAUGGAAGUCAGGACUCAACUGCCGCCAAGGCACUGGCCUGAACGCUGCUGUUCACACAGUGGGCGCCAGUUUUGUAUUCCUCCUCCCUCAGGCCUCGCGUCACAGGCAGAACACAGUUUCCUUUUCGCCUGUUCAAGCACGUCUCCAGUUCUAAAACGGUGACCCUCGGUGAGCCUUGCAGUAAAUCAUGGUCCUUAGCGUAGUUUGCCUUCAGGUUCAAAACAACGUGUACACAGCGUCCGACAUGUCUGUCUUGCUCUCAGAUGGGCAGCGCCGAGUUUAGACCUUUUGAGUGUCAUUAGACUAGGGUGGGGUAAGACAUUCUACAUGGGCCUGUGCUGAAUUCAUCCCUGGAAUAAACCUGCUUCUUCUGGCUCGCUUGGU